AUGCAGCCUGUGCAGGAUUCUUGUGCAACCGAGCCGCGUCCAUCAUUCUUGUGCGAGAUACAACAUGCGGUCAAUCGAGAGAAUCCUCACACCGCGACUCAAAGUCAAUACAAAAAACCAGAACUUGAUCAGGAAAUUCAAGCCAUCGACGAUGAACUGGUGCCCCUUUACAGUGUCCUGCCAAAUGGCGAAAAGACUUUCGUUAUUAUGGCGGGAUCGUUUGCGGCCCUAAUUUCACCUCUCUCCAGCAGUAUUUAUCUGCCGGCGCUCCCAUCCUUGGCUAGCGACAUGAAUGUUUCUGUGUCACUGAUCAACUUGACCAUCACCACAUACCUGAUAUUUCAAGGACUUGCACCCUCUUUCAUUGGCAGCUUUUCUGAUAUCCAUGGGCGCCGUCCUGCAUAUAUCAUUGCAUUUGUCAUUUGCCUUGGGGCUAAUAUUGGCCUUGCUUUGCAAAACAACUUUACGGCACUAAUGAUUCUGCGCUGCGUGCAGUCCUCAGGCAGCAGUGGCACCAUUGCAUUGGGGAGCGCUGUUGUAGCCGACCUCUCGACCCGCGCCGAGCGAGGAAAGUACAUCGGAUACGCUGGGGUUGGAAUGGCACUGGGACCGACGCUUGGCCCCGUUAUUGGUGGGCUGUUGGACCAUUUCCUGGGGUGGCGAUCGAUAUUUUGGUUCCUAGUCAUUCUAUCGGGUGUUUGCUUUGUGGUCAUGCUUUUUGUAUUUCCUGAGACAUGUCGAGCUGUCGUGGGCAAUGGGUCCGUGCCGCCAGCCUCGUGGAAUCGCCCACUGUGGACAUUAUUCGUACGAACAUCACGAUUUGACGACGAACAAGGGACCGCCGAUCACUCCACCGUCCAGGAACUGAAGCAGCGUCCAACCCCAAUUUCAGCUCUCUUGAUAGCCACACAAAAAGAGAUGGGGUUGGUCCUAUUGUACGGAUCCUUUUUGUACGCAGGGUACAUGGCCGUUAUUAGCACUUUGUCGACCGAGUUGGCGAGUCGAUUUGGAUUCAACUCUAUCCAAAUUGGACUAUGCUAUCUUCCCAUGGGCAUUGGGAGCAUAAGCUCGCGUUGGGUAGUUGGCCGACUUUUGGAUUGGAACUUCCGCCGCGAGGCACAGUUGCAGGGAAUGAUCAUACACAAGAACCGACAGCAGGGAAUUGAAAAGUUUAACAUCGAACGAGCACGCCUGGCGAUCACUCUCCCACUGAUCUAUUUGGCUAGUCUUUGCAUCCUAGCUUACGGUUGGGUGAUGCAGUAUCGCACUCCGCUGGCGGGACCACUUGUGAUGUUGUUCUUCACUGGUCUUACAACCACAAGUGCAUUCAACACAUUGAGUACUUUGGUUGUGGAUAUCAAUUACCAAAGCGCCGCCACUGCUGCGGCAGCAAAUAAUUUAUUUCGCUGUCUUGUGGGUGCUGGAGCCACGGCUGUUGCGUCCCCUCUGAUUAAACACAUCGGUAUUGGAUGGACGGCUACAUUAAUUGCUGGCCUUUGGGUGUUGGGCACUCCUGCUCUAUGGGUUGUUUUCUACCGGGGGUACCGAUGGAGAAGGGAACUUUCCCACAAGCACGAGAAAAAAUCCGAAAAUUCUUCUCAUGAUUUGUGA